AUGGAGGUGGCAGCGAGUGCGUUUGCCACGGCUUCCAUUGCCAAAGAGUUAGGCGUGGGCGUCAAGAAGCUCAUUGAAUUUUGGACGUCCAUUGAGGAGGCGCCCAACGACGUUCGCGAAAUAGUUGAUGAAUUAAACUUGCUUUGCGAUGUCUUCAAGGACAUCGAGUCCGAGGCAAAACAAGACACAGAAAAUGCAACAGUGAAAAAGAUUUUAGAAAAUUGCAAGCUCAUCAUAAAACAGCUCGAAUCCAUCACCCACAACUUAGAGCGGGGCUUUGCUUCUUCAAAACGCCUGACCAGAAAAUGGACCGCGAUCAAGGGUGCUCUCAAAUGUAAACAGCUUGACAAGUUCCAAACCACUUUGGGCCGGCUAAAGCAUACUCUGACGCUGGCGCUGCAGACCCGGACUAGCCGAACUCUUCACCUCCAGUUUCAGCACCAACAGCAGAUUCUCGUCGCUCUGACUGGUUGCGUGUCUCGCCCCACCGUGGGCAACCCAUCUACGCUAAAUCGACUUAUCACUUACGAUGAACACUCCGGUAGAGGUCUGCCUAACGUGGAAAGUGGGUAUAAGACUGGAAAAAUUGCGAAAUCAGAUAUUGCUUCGAGUGUGACAAUUGGAAGCCACCUACAGCCAGACGAGCCUGGCGUGGACCUACAAAACUUACGAGCGACAUCGGAGCCGAAAACCAUAACAAUGUAUCCCAAAAAUGCGCUUUCUUCGAAGCUGUGGAGCACGCGACUGCUUUCUGCAGAAAACUUUCAACGAAAAUCAAUAUAUGGCUGUCUUCGAGUUCAGUCUGCACAGCGGGUCCUAGAACUGGCCGAAGAGGAAGACUGGGUGGACAUCGGAAAUAGGUUUGAGAGUCGGACAUCCAUCGUCGUUCGGCCGGCUGCAUGGAUGAGCAGAAUAGGCAUCAACUACGGAUUCCAGGUUGACAUUAGCAGAUGUGUUACUCAAGGCUGGAAAUACACAUUAAGCUCGGUCUGCACAGUUCCCGAUAACGCGUUAAUCUUUCAGGCCUGUGAAAAAGGGGACAUUCCUAUUGUGAGGGGCCUUCUGGCUCGUGGUGAGGCAUCGGCAAGGGACACAAACUCAUACGGAUUGACACCUCUUCAUGUAAGGAAACCAAGCUGA